AUGCCGUCUUCGCGCGCAGCACCGCUCACCAGCUCCUUCUCUGUCAGCGACGAGAACAAUGUCGUCGUUUGCCCGUUGCGCAACCAUGACAGCUCGGCUUGUCGAAAGCGCUGCACUGGCGAGAAGCGCUUUCGGUCUAUGCAGGAGCACAUCCGGCGCGCUCACCCCGAGCAUUACAUUUCCAAACUGCCGGCCACAGAGGAGAGCUUCAUGUUGAUGGUGAACACACCACCACAAGAACGGCCCCCACCUCCUCCCACAACCACGGCGACGACAAGCGCUGCGGUAGCGCCACAGACGUACGACUAUAGCGCAAACGAACAUAACUCCUUCUUCGAGCCCGACUUUGGCAACCACCAUGUCCCAUCAUCUUCGGACGGAGCGCGCCGGCCGUCGCUCCUACCUGCUGCGACGGCUGCAGCUGCCCUGGCUUCGUUACACCACCAUCGUGCCGAAUACGACUGGGACUCAGAUCCUGACGCAGCAUCUGACCAGGAUUCCAAGAGCUUCAGGCCUCGCGCGCGAUUCGCUCCAACCCCCAUAGAACAACACAUAAAUGCCGAAGAACCUUAUUAUACCUCAAAUUCCAUUCAGCAGGAAUUGCUGCCAUCUUCCCUUGCACGAUCGCCUCCUGGUCGAUCCUCGACGCUGCCACCAGGCGCGCAUUCACUCAAACCGAACAGGCCCCGCAAAUCGUCCGUAGGACAACAUGCACGACGAGGAAAACACGAGCGGCAGAGGUCACGGGAGUUUAACCGCAGACUGAGCUACGAAAGAAAGGCAUACUCGGCCGAGCCUGCAACAGCUGCAGCCAUUAUGGGGAAGCGGUGGGAAGACUUGAUCGAUGCUGCAGCUUCAGCUACAGAGGAAGACAGUCGAGAUCUCACACCGCCGAACCUCUCUGCCACCAUUCAACUUUGCCUCACAACUCCAGUCAUAUACUGCAUCGCCCUUGAACAACGCAUUGACGCCUCCGCCGCCAGAUAUGUCGGACCUUCAGCCUUUCCCUUCUGUCGAAUCUUCCAUUGA